ACCAAACAUGCGUACAUAAAUGUCAAAAUUUUUGUUCGUGUAUAUUCAAAAAACACCUAGCUAUCUGCAGGCGAAACACCUUUUUAUAAAUAUGUCUAAAAGAAAUGCAUUUCACAAAGCCCCUAAAUUUAAACCUGAAGUGAAGAAUUUGUCGGGUCGUCCGUCCCAACCCCAGCCAACAAUGCUUAGAAAAGAAAAAGUUGUGGUUCUGCCUGAUCCCAUCAAGUCUGAGGCUGAUCACAAGAUAUACAAAACCAUAAGAUUAGAGAAUGGCUUGACAGCCUUACUAAUAUCAGACCCGACUCGGCCACCUGUGACCGACAUCUCCAGUGAAGAAGAGUCCAGUGGGUCAGACGAAGCCACGGGCCCAGAUAGCGAUAGUGGUCAGUCAGCACAAUCAGCCACUAGUGACCGAGGCGCCGGCGCUAAGCGCCGCAAUGAAUUCGAUGAAGAGAAACUGGCAGCCUGCGCGCUAUGCGUCGGAGUGGGCAGCUACAGCGACCCCCCAGACAUACAGGGCUUGGCGCACUUCGUCGAGCACAUGGUGUUCAUGGGCAGCGAGAAGUACCCCAAGGAAAAUGAGUUCGACUCUUUCAUUAAGAAAAAAGGGGGAGCAGACAAUGCAGCGACGGACUGCGAGUUGACGACGUUUUACUUCGAGAUCCAGGAGAAACAUCUGCCGCACGCCAUGGACAUGUUCAGCCAGUUCUUCGUCAGCCCGCUCAUGCUCAAGGAGGCCAUGCAGCGCGAGAGAGAGGCCAUCGAGUCCGAGUUCGCGUUAGCAACGCCUUCCGACACGAACCGCAAAGACCAGCUGCUCUCCAGCUUAUUCCCCGAAGGUCAUCCAGCUAGAACCUUCACUUGGGGCAACAUCCGCAGCCUGAAGGACGACAUCAAUGACGAUGAGAAGCUACACCGCGCCGCGCACGAAUUCAGGAGACGGCAUUACAGCGCUCACAGGAUGACUGUCGCUGUUCAGGCCCGCAUGGAGCUGGACGCGCUGGAGCAGUACGUGGUGAACACGUUCGGCCGGAUCCCCAGCAACAAGGCGCCGCCGGACGACUUCAGCCCGUUCUCGUUCACACCGGACGGCGUCACGCGCCAGUUUGCCAGCCUCUACUACAUGCGGCCCGUCAGUGACAUCACUGAGCUCCAUUUGACGUGGUGCAUGCGGUCGUUGAUAUCGGAGUACGAGUCGAAGCCGCACCAGUACAUAUCGUACCUGCUCGGCCACGAGGGCAAGGGCAGUCUACUCUCCUAUCUUAGAAAGAAAGUGUGGGCCCUGGGCAUCUACACCGGCAACUCUGAGAGCGGCAUCGACUACACCACCAUGCACAGUUUGUUCCUCACACAAGUCGUAUUGACCAAAGAGGGGCUCGACCACAUUGACGAGGUUUUAGACGCAAUAUUCUCUUACAUAAACAUGUUGAGAAAAAUAGGUCCGUCUCAGCGUGUGUUCGAAGAAAUAAAGACUAUAGAAGAAACAAGCUUCCGUUUCGAAGAGGAGUCUCAGCCGAGCGACUACGUGGAAACUCUGGCUAACAACAUGCACUUCUACCCGCCUCAGCAUUACAUCACGGGCGACCGACUCUACUACAAAUACGAUCCCAAGGGUAUAGCGGAGCUGCUGGACAGCAUGCGGCCGGACAGGGUCAACAUCCUGAUCAUGUCCAACAAACACUCCACACCCAUUAUUUACGACCAGAAGGAGAAGUGGUUCGGCACAGAUUACAGGCGCGAGGACAUUCCAUCAAAGUGGACCCAACAGUGGUUGACAGUAGAACCAUACCCCGAAUUCCACCUACCGGCCAAAAACGUGUACAUCACCACAAACUUUGACCUGGUGCCCCCGGCCCACCCCUACGUGGAAGCGGCUGAGGAACUGGGCUUGGAGCUGGCCAACGCUACGGCUAAAGAUGUGUACCAGAAGAUGAAGGAUCGCCCGCCGAAGACCAAGGUGUUGAAGAGGGGUGACCUUAUCGCUACAGUUAAUAAUUUCAGGCUGGACCAACCGAACUUGAUCCGCAAAAAUAGACACAUGGAGCUGUGGUACAAGCCCGACUUCAAGUUCCGCUUCCCCACCGCGUUGCUCUACUUCUACUUCAUCACGCCGCUCAGUUUGAAGUCGCCGCGCGAGGCUUGCCUAUUGGAUCUGUGGAAUGAUGUCUUGCAACAAAAUUUAAAGGAAGAUGUGUACCCAGCAAACAUGGCAGAUUUAGAACACGUGAUAUUUGUGGCCGACAAGGGAGUGACGUUAAAAGUGAUUGGGUAUAGUCAAAAUUUACAUCUGCUGGUGGAGCUGGUGACGCGCGAGAUGGGCGCGGCGCGGCGGUCGCUGUCGGCGCCGCUGUUCGCGGCCGUGCGCGAGGUGCGCGCGCGCACGUACCACAACGUGCUCAUCAAGCCGCACAAGCUGGCCAAGGACAUGCGUAUGAACAUACUACUAGACCCGUACAUAUCCCCGCGAGACAAGGCGGCUGUGGUCCAGAACAUUACACUCGAGGAGCUGAAAGACUUUAGCGACAGGCUACUCAGCAAAAUGUAUCUACAGGUGUUGAUGCAGGGCAACCUGGCGUGGUAUGAAGCUAUCUCUAUCUCGGAGACUGUUCUCAAAAAUAUCAAGUUUGAGGGGCUGCCUGAGGAGGAACUGCCUGAAUUACGCGUUCACCAAUUGCCUCUGGGUGAGAGGAAGAUCCGCGUGUACAACCUGAACCCGCAGUCGCCCAACAGCGUAGUCACCAACUACUACCAGGGAGAACUCACCAAUCCCAAACAUACCGCCACCUUGGAAGUGCUCAUGAUGCUGAUGGAGGAGCCGGUGUUCGACAUCCUGCGCACGAAGGAGCAGCUGGGCUACAGCGUGUUCUGCAUGAUGCGCUACACCUUCGGCGUGCUGGGCUUCUCCGUCACCGUCAACUCGCAGGCCGACAAGUUCAGCGUGUCGCACGUGGACAGCAGAGUGGAAGCGUUCCUGAAGAAGUUCGCGCGCGACACGCGCAAGCUGCCGGAGCGCGCGCUGCUGGGCGCCAAGCGCGCGCUGCAGCAGCUCAAGCACACCACCGACUACGAGCUCAAGGAGGAGGUUGAAAGAAACUGGAGGGAAAUCGUUAGCCGAGAGUAUCAGUUCCAGAGGUUAUUUACUGAGGCGGAAGCUAUAGAAAAAAUAAAAUUGUACGACCUCAGGAGUUGGGUGGAGAACCAUUUCUCCACCGGAAACAGGUCACAGUUCCGGAAACUAUCCGUCCAAAUAAUGGGCCACAAGCCGGGGUGCCCGGACGAGACGCAGCAGGGGCUGGCGCUGCUGGGCGCGCUGGGGGACAACGACUGCGACUUCAUCAAGGACAUGGAGCGGUUCAAGAAGGGCCUGCCCAUCAUCCAAGUGCCUAAAGUGGAGUUAGCUCAGUGUUAGUGCGGGAAGCUGCGGCUAACUUGCGAAUUUGUGCUUUAUUGCGCGUUUAUAACGCAUAUAUAUAUAUAUAUAUAUAUAUAUAUA